GUUUCUUCUCUUUUUAAUUUUUUACUUUGAAUUUAACAAUCCUUGCACACUGGUUCACCUUUACGUUAAGCUGAAAAGUUUGUAAUUUUUUUCCUUCAAAUUGUGUUUGUACGACAUGCUCACCUUUUUGUGGCUCUGGGAUUCGCUAAAUAAGCAAUGGUGCCUAUAACUCGUCCCAGCUGAUUGCUUGUGCUACACAAGUUUUACUGUUUUUUUAAUUGUAUGCAAAGUAUAUGUUGUUUCAUAUAUUUCCAGUUAUAAGUUUUCCAUUUAUUGUUAUUUGUAGCAUGGUGAUGAAGGUCAACUAAGCACGGCAUUUUCUGCUGAAAUGCAAAAUCUACCAAAUGUGAGGUGACAAUUUGCAUACUUAUGUAUGCAACUAUGUUGGCUCCCAACUGAAUCAUUUUCCCACUUCAAGUGGAUUCCUUUUUUGUUUUCGAGGUUGCUUAAAACGAAGUCAGUUCUAUUGGUUGGCAUUGGGAACAAUGUCAGAAAUGAGAUUUUGUUCUCAACUUACUAGUGUUUUUGUACCAGAUACGUUUCAUUUGACUUUCAACAUGUAUGUGGUAACUCAAACUUUGAAAACCUAAAGGUUCUAUACGAGCAGAUCUCAGAGCAAUUUGAAAAGCAAGGGUAAUGAAAGCGUAAUAUCUGAUUGAAUUAAGUAUGCCAAAAUCCAGGUAUGCUGGCUAUAUGUAAUACUGUUUUUAAUCAAAAUUGUUCCAGUUGAGCAGAUACUUCCUUGUAGAUGCGAAAGGCAAUAUACUGGAGGAGCAGAACUGCAUUGAUUGCCUUGAUUGAACAAAUGUUACUCAGAGUUGCUUGGCCCAGAAGUCUCUAGAUGCACAGUUGCAGAGGACUGGAGUGCUGGAUUCUUCUGAAAGCAUUUCUAUGUUUGCUGAAGACUACCAAACAUUUAGAGCAUGUAUGGAAUUAUUCGUGUCAUGUAUCCUGUCUUUCAUAAAUGAUCAAACGAUGUCUAUAAUAAGUUGUUAUACUUAUUCUCAAUUCCGGGUCUUUGGUGUGGGCGGAGCAAGGUGACGAUAUAAGCUUCGACUAAGCAAGGACGUAUGCCCUUAAAGGGAACCUUGUUAGAUAAGGGAAGUAGACAUUUGGAGGAAUAAUUAAAGAUGGGAUGAGUGCUCUUUCAAGAUAUAUUUUGAAUAACUUUCAGGAUGGCAUUCGGCAGGAUGCUAUGGAUCUUAUCAGUGGCCGCUGUACAGUUAGAAGGGAUAUUUCACCAUCCCGGGCUGAAUCUUUUUCUUAUCUACCGGUGGCAUCAGCUUUGCUAAUUGGAGGGUAGACAAUGACAUCCGUCACACUUCAACAAGGUCGAAAUGCCCAACAGUACAUGUCUUCUAUUCUUUGUGCUAGAGUGACUGCUGGAGUAGCGGCAGCGGUUAAAGCUAACGGAAGGUAAUUCUGUUUGAGACCUCGCUUGUGCAGACUAGUGUAACAUUAUUCUGAACUCGUUCAUUCAAACCGUAGAGUUACUGUGUUGCAAGCCUUGUAAUUUCGUAGCUAAUAUUUACAAGUGACUUGUGGUUAAAAUGGUAAACUUGUUUUACUGUUUCCAGUUGCAGCCGAUAAAUUACUUAGUACAUUUGGCCACGAGUUCAAAUGGCAGUACAAUUGGAUAUGUCUUAUGCAUGAUGAGCACAUGUCCGGAAUCUGCUGCAUUUCCCAGCUCUACCCUGCUUGGAAACGAAUCUGAUCGCUUGGCUUUGCUAGACUUCAAGAAAAGAGUAACUGAAGAUCCCCUCAGUGUCAUGAGCUCGUGGAAUCAUUCCAUCCACUUCUGCAGCUGGGUAGGCAUUACAUGCCACCGUGCCACCCAAAGAGUCUUGAUUCUGGACCUGCAAGAUAAACAAUUGGUAGGCUCCAUUCCACCUUCCAUUGGGAAUCUUACUCGUCUAAUUGAAAUAAGCUUGGGAAUCAACCAGUUUCAUGGUGAAAUUCCUCAAGAAUUGGGUCGACUGUGGACCUUGGAAAGUCUCAACCUGUCUUUCAAUUCUUUAGGCGGGAAACUUCCGACUAAUAUGUCCCACUGUACACAACUCAGAUUUUUGGAUCUUUUAUCCAAUAAGAUCAUUGGGUCAAUUCCACGCCAACUGAGUUCAUGGUUGAGUUUGACUGUUCUACAACUUGGAAAAAAUAAUCUCAGUGGAACCAUCCCAGGUUGGAUAGGAAAUUUUUCUUCUUUGAGGAGUCUUAGACUUGGCGGCAACAAUUUUCAAGGAAGCAUACCAAAUGAGCUCGGGCAUAUAACAACCUUGGAAUUAUUCAUAGUUGUGAACAAUAAUUUGUCUGGUAUGCUCCCUUCUUCAAUUUAUAAUAUUUCUUCCAUAUACAUAUUCGGUGUUGCUAAAAACCAAUUCCAUGGAGAGCUACCACCAAAUCUCGCCAUCUUGUUUCCUAAUCUCGUACAAUUUUACUGUGACAUAAACAAUUUCACAGGAAAUAUUCCUGUAUCAUUGUCAAAUGCAUCUAGACUUCAGGUGAUUGAUUUUGCUACAAAUGACUUCACGGGGACAGUCCCUGGAGAAAGUCUCAGAAGCUUGCGAAGCUUAAUUUCGCUAAACUUUGCACAAAAUCGACUGGGAAAUGGAAAACUUGGUGAUUUGAGUUUUCUCAAUUUCUUGACUAAUUGUACUAGUCUUCAAAAAUUGCGUCUUGCCUAUAAUCGUUUUGGAGGAGAAAUCCCAAGAUCCAUAGCCAACCUUUCGACCCAACUACAAAUUCUUACUCUAGGGGGAAAUAUGUUACAUGGAAGCUUCCCAAACGGCAUCGGAAAUCUGAUAAACCUCAUUGGUCUAGAGAUGGCUCGGAACUAUUUGGCGGGUGUUGUCCCUGAAGAAAUUGGGAAGCUCGAGAAGAUGGGGGAACUGUAUUUGUAUGAUAACAAAUUUUCUGGGCCAAUUCCAUCUUCCCUGGGUAAUAUGACUUCAUUGAUAGAGCUCUACAUGGAUAGAAACAAUUUUGAGGGAAGCAUACCUCCAAGUCUCGGAGACUGUCCAAAGCUGCUAGUACUUACACUUCAUAAUAACAAUCUAACGGGCAGCAUACCUCAAAAGCUUAUGGAGCUUUCAACCCUUUCAAUUGUUUUGGACCUGUCUGAAAAUUAUUUGAUUGGUUCACUGCCAAGUAAUGUGGGUGAUCUGGUGCAUCUCACACUGCUAAAUGUAUCAAAAAACAAGUUAUCAGGUGAAAUCCCCAGCACCAUUGGCAGGUGUACUAGUUUGGGGGGCUUGUACUUGGACGACAACAAAGUUGAAGGAACAAUUCCUCAGUCUCUUAAAGAUUUAAAGGGCUUGGAAGAACUUGACAUUUCAAGCAAUAACUUAUCCGGGCAGAUUCCUGAAUUCUUAGGCAAGCUUGGAGCACUUAAGUAUCUCAAUCUUUCUUAUAAUGAUUUUGAAGGCGAGUUGCCUAAAGAAGGAAUUUUUUCAAAUGUCAGUGGUGUCUCGGUUCUUGGAAAUUAUAGGCUCUGUGGUGGCAUCCCACAAUUACAUCUACCUGCAUGCCCCAAAAACAAACACCAUUCAUCUCGAGGACUACUUUCCCCAAAAGUAGUCAUCCCUAUAUCUUGUGCACUUGCAUUCAUAAUUGCUCUAUCAUGCUUCUUCAGUGCUCGUUCAAUGCUGAAAAAGUCAAGAGAUGGACUUGUAACUUCACGUUCUUAUAAGGAUUGGAAAUUAGGUGUUUCCUACUCACAACUUGUUGAAUCGACUAAUAGUUUUUCAGUGGAUAAUUUGAUUGGUUCGGGAAGUUUUGGUUUUGUUUAUAAAGGUGUAAUUCCUAGCGAUGGAACGGUAGUUGCUGUUAAGGUAUUAAACCUUCAACAACAAGGAGCGUCCAAGAGUUUCAAUGAUGAAUGCAAAGCUUUAAGAAGUGCCAGGCAUAGAAAUCUUGUCAAGAUCAUAACUGCAUGCUCGAGCAUUGAUAAUCAUGGUAGAGACUUCAAAAGUCUAGUCUUCGAGUUCAUGCCAAAUGGAAGUCUUGACUCGUGGUUGCAUCCUAGAGAUGAGGAUCAAUCUCCAAGUAAGAGAUUGAAUUUUAUGCAAAGAUUGAACAUAGCCAUUGAUGUUGCUUCUGCGUUAGAUCACCUCCACAACCAUUGUGAAACGUCCAUUGUUCAUUGUGAUCUAAAGCCGAGCAAUGUACUUCUUGAUGAAGACAUGGUAGCCCAUGUUGGGGACUUUGGUUUAGCAAGGUUCCUCUUGGAAGCAUCAAAUGAUCCUUCUCUUAGUCAAACAAUGUCAUCGCAGCUCAAGGGUUCUAUAGGUUACAUUCCUCCAGAGUACGGCAUGGGAGGCCAAGUUUCCAUACAUGGAGAUGUUUACAGCUACGGGAUACUUUUGCUAGAAAUGUUCACAGGAAAAACACCUACUGAUGACAUGUUCAUCGAAGGUUUAAGCAUUUACAAAUUUGCAGCCAUGGCUUUGCCUGACCAUGUCAUGGAUGUUCUUGACCCUUCAUUGCUCCUUGACUUCGAAGCUGAUGGUAGUGUUAACGAUGACAGAUACGAAAGGACUACGCUGCCCAAACGUAACAAUCGCGGAAUGGUGAAAGCAAAAAAGGUAGAGGAAUGCUUGUUUGCUGUGAUGCAGAUAGGACUUUCCUGCUGUGCAGUAUCACCAAGGGAGCGAAUGCUUCUGAAUAUGGUUGUUGGAAAAAUGAGUGCAAUUAGAGGCUCGUACCUCAAAGUUCAAGAAGGCUAAAGAAUGGCAAAGAUAUCUGCUUGUGGUUUUUCUUUUCUGUACCUUUCCUACCAUCGCUUUGAACCUUGCCUCUUUUAUGUUAGCGGUUGUUUUAUAAGGACGAAGUUUUCAUUUGUAUGACCUGAAGCUUUCAAAUUCUUAUUUGUGUGGAGCUAUUUGUAAUUGUCUUGGUUAUGUCUAUCCUGUUUAGAAUUUGAUAAACUCAAUGCUGAAGUAGUUUAUAACA